AUGAUUCUGCUUUGUGAGUACGAGGAUUUCUGCCAGAUUCCGCACUCUCAUAGUCAAGUAUCAAAAAGUCACGUACAAGGUGUGGCGCGUGAGCAGGUGUGUUGUCGUAACGUAGCAUUAAGGUUUUGUUCGACCUCGCCCCCGUAUAUUUUCCUCAAGACGUUCCAGAAGACAUCUGCGUGCUAUUUUUUAAAUUAUGACGCAUUUUCAGUAUUAUUCCAGAUUAUAUACGGUUCGACAUAUAUUCAUAUGGCCAGGUUUAGAGGUUCAGUGAGCAAGGAGGGAUGUCGAACAUGCCUUCUAUCGUUCACGUGUACGUUCGGAUAUGCUUUCAUCCCGGCCCUCGAAUCUCUCCUCCAUCCUAAUUCUUCCAUUCCCAGGCGUUACCGCGAGGCCCUUCAAAGCUUGCGCAAGGAGGAGGUCACCAUUUUGCCUUCUGACAAGGGCAACUCGGUGGUGGUCCUCGGCCGUGCCUCCUACCUGCAGAAGGCCCGUGACCUGUUGGACGACGCUUCCACCUAUGCCCCCCUGACCAGCGACCCCCGGGAACGUAUUGCUGCUACUUUCCACCGUCGCCUGAAAGCGAUAGCAGCUCGUUUCCCGGAGGCGAACCUCUACCAGAGGUUCAGGGUCAUCAACCCUCGCCUCCCUCACUUCUAUGGGCUUCCUAAAACCCAUAAGCCAGCCGUGCCUCUGCGCCCCAUCAUCUCUUCCCGGGGAUCUGUGACGCACCCUCUGUCAGCUUGGCUGGCGAAGUCCCUCACUCCCCUUCUCGGCACCUUCUCUCCUGCUCACCUCCGCCACUCUCAGGACUUCAUCUCCCGUGUCCGUGGAGUCCCGCCGGCGACCAUGAUGAGCUUGGAUGUAGACUCCUUGUUCACCAAGGUCCCGCUGGAAGACGUCCUUGCUUUCCUUGAGAGGAAGCUCCCCCCAGAGGAUCCUCGUCUCCCUCUGCCCACCGACGUCUUCCUCCAGCUGAUUCGUCUGUGUGUGGAGUCGAAUUCCUUCUCCUUUGAGGGUCGCUUCUACUCCCAGACCUUCGGCGUGGCCAUGGGCUCUCCCCUCUCUCCGGUCUUGACUUACCUGUUUAUGGAAUUCUUCGAGUCCAAACUUCUCCCUUCCCUCUGCCUUCGUCCGACGGUAUGGCUGAGGUAUGUCGACGACGUCUUCGCUCUCUGGCCUCAUGACCCUGCCCAGUUCUCGGACUUCCUGACCCAGCUGAACUCCCUCUCCCCUUCCAUCCGUUUCAAGGUGGAAUGGGAGGCUGACAACAAGCUCCCCUUCUUGGACACCUUGCUACAUCGCUCUGCUGACCAUUUUUCUUUCUCCAUAUACAGGAAGCCUAUGCAUAGUGGUAUGUACAUACACUUCUUCUCAUACCAUCCCCUCCAUGUAAAGAGAGGUGUUGCCACUUCGCUGUUCCUCCGCGCCCUCCGUAUCUGUGACCCCCAAUACCUGGAUGGAGAGAUCGACUUCCUGCGUCGUUCGUUCUCCAAACUGGGCUAUCCUCGUCAUGUUCUCGACGCCGCGUUAUCCAGGGCACGGCGUACCUUCUACCACGACUCCCCCCUUAAAGAGACUCCUUGGCUGCCCGUCCUCAGCCUGCCCUACACUGAGGAGAUCUACUCUCUCCGCCGCCCUCUUCACACUCUCAACUGCAGGCUGAUCUUUCGCCAUAACCUGGUCCACACCAGCCCACCCUCUUCCUCGAAGGUGGGCACCUAUGCUAUUCCUUGUACCUCCUGUGACAAACAGUACUUUGGCGAGACGGGCGCCAGUCUCACUAAGCGCCUGUCUCAACAUAAGUACGCUGUUUCCAGGGGGCACAACAACAACGCUCUCUUCUGCCAUCAGUGGGAUACAGGCCAUCUGAUGGACUGGUCAGCGGCGCGAAUUAUCUUUCCUUCCGCUGACGUCCACGCCCGCAGACUGGUGGAAUCUUCCCUAAUUAAGCUGUUUCCCAAUUUCAACCUGAACAGCGGCUUUUCUCCUGCUGACAGUCUCCUCGCUUCCCACAUCCUUCGCCUUCUCCCGUAUGCCGGCCACCCUUCACACAGUCCGCUCCAGCGCUACACUCAGAAAGCGCACAUCUCUGAAGAAGCUGCUGUAAAAUCUGUACCUGAUCUGAGGCCUCCCCGACCCCUCCGAACACUGCAAUGCCAGGCACACACUCACCGUAAAUAUUUUGCCAAGAGUUUUAUGGCAAGCAUGUCUCGUCCCCCUUUUCUGCCAAGGGACAUAAAUUUCGCUUACAAAAAGAAAUAUGUCCGAAAUUGUGGAGCUAAUAAAAACAAAAGGAUAUAG